AUGGCAACCAACUUGCUGCAAUCACUCAAGGCUCAAGGACAGACUCUUCAUGUCUACAAUCGCACCGAAUCUAAAGCCCAGAAACUUGUUGAUGCAGGGGCAAUAUUCGAAUCAGGCGGUCCUGUAGCCAUGGCUUCCAAAUGCAACAUUAUUUUUUCAAUGACGUUUGAUGAUCAGGCAUUGGAAGAGAACAUAUCCAAGAUUUUGGAGGGGCCUCCAAGACAAGGAUUAAUAUAUGUCGAAUGCAGCACAGUUUUUCCAGAAACAGUAAAAAAGGUGUCUACUCUUUCAGAAGCCAAUGGCAUCGCAUACGUUGCAUGUCCGGUCUUUGGUCGUCCAGACGCGGCCAAAUCCAAACUCCUUGUUGGCGUUUUGGCAGGACCUUCAAAGCAUGUUGAAAAGGUCCGACCAUUUGUUGCUGCCAUGACAUGCAGGGUUCUAGAUGUUGGUGUCGAUCCUUGUUUGGCCAAUGUAGACAAACUUGUUGGAAACUUCAUGAUUGCUGGAAUGAUUGAGUUGAUUGCUGAAGCUCAAACUUUGGGUGAGGUGAAUGGGUUGGAAAGAAGCAAAGUUAUGGAGGUGGUUGAUUUGAUUUUCGGUGGGUCGCAUAUUGUCAAGGGUUAUGGGGACCGUAUGGUUCAUGAUAAUUUUGCCAUAAAAGACGGAUGUGGAUUCACUGUUCGUGGUGGACUUAAAGAUACUGGACAUAUUCAACGAUUGGCAGACGAGUCUGGUGCCAAAGUGCCUAUUAACGAAACUGUUGUACAACAUCUAAAGUCUCAAAUGGCCGAUGGUUGUGCAGAUCUGGAUUGGGGCAGUCUUGCAAUGGCUGUAAGAAAGGUAAUAUCUACAUUGAUAGAUGCUGUAUGUACAUCCAACGAUAAACCUAUUUUAUUGUUUCGAACCCAACUAACCAAGAAUCGCGAAUAAUUGUCAUGGCUGUAAAUUGAAAUAAACUAUUUAUAGGAGUCUGGCCUUGAAAAAUAAAAACAAUGUAUUGAACCAACUGCUUUAUCCUACAUGAAACAACAGUACGCCCUUGUUUUUCUUUUUACCAGAUUUCACACCGCUAAAAAUGUCACCCGAUCCAGAAGCCCCAUCAUCCCGAAUAACUACAUCUCCUUGAUGAGAAGCAAUCUUGGAUGCACGAAGUGCAUCUUGUUGUUGUUGCUUCUGAGCACGCAGCAUUUCCAAAGUAACUCGUUUGGCUUUUCCUGCUGUUGGCAGACUUGGAAAGUCUUGUCGAGUGUGAGCUCGAUGUGCAAGUGAGGCUGCUGCAGGUGCAUCCUUUGUAAAGCUAGAUGCUGUCACAACUGUUUCAGUUCUGCCUUGUGGUAGCGCUUGCGUAGACGAGACUGAUGAAGAAUCACUCAGUGUCACACUCGAUUGACGAACCAUAGGAACCGAAGCAGGUGGAGUUUGAAUUGUGGCAGCAGAUACAGAAGAACUCCCGUUAUUGGUUCUUCCCAUGACACGAGAUGUAGACGACAUUCCAACAAUUGGUUUUUGCUGAGGUACUGCAGACCUCACGACCAAUACUUGUGGUGUUGGUGUUGGUGUAGUGCUUGUUUGUGGUGUUACCCAUGAUCCAACAGAUGCAGAUG